UGACUCAAAAACGUUGAUAUUCAAGUGAUCAGACGCACAUGCACAGGUGAAAAUGCAUAGUUUGAUUCUGUCAAGGCUCUCUAGGAGGGAUGAUGCUCAAUGCAUGGACGUAUGGGUUUCUUUCAAUCACCCAAUAAGUUCGGGAUUAUAACGCAUUAACAGAGAUCACUGCACCCGUCUUUUGAUUUUCAUUAUCAAGACGCACGGCGAUGAUAUCUCCUGGUAUCUACAGAGGCUGGGUUAUACUGGGGAUUGCUAUUCUUCUAUUUAUGACUCAAAAGGGUAUUGAAGGUGCGUGGGGGAUAACAAUUUUGUGUUUUCAACAGGAUGAAGCUUUCCGAGAGUCGACUCUCGCAUUGCUAGGGGCCCCACUUUCUGUGUUCUUUGCGUUUAAAGCAUCUUUAAGUAACCCAAUCUACAUGGCACUAUCUAAAUGUGGAGAGGUGAGCCUUCGACAAGCCAUUACUGUUGGAGUAUCCCUAAUGGUACUGGGGCUAGUUCUGGCGUCGUUUGCCAAUAGUCCACAGUUUGUGGCUAUAUCUUUUGGAAUUUUGUCCGGAACCGGCACUGGAUUUUUCAUAGUGUGCACGUAUAUGACGAUAGCACUUUGGUUUCCAUGGACUCACCGGUUUCAUGUUUUCUCAACCAGUGUGUUGACUGUACCAGAACUCCUUGGUCCAUCAAUUUUCAGUGCAGUCAAUGUUAAAAUGUGCGCCGACCCGUCCCUGGGAUGGCGCUGGGCAUUUCGAUUUUAUGCUGCUGUUUUUGGAUUCUUUGGUUUUCUUCUUCUUGCUGUGUUUGGCAGUCCUCCAAUCGCAUCGAUAGAAGAACAGGAAUAUAACCCAAAUGAUGAGUCACCAUUAAUUCAGAAACCACCGUGGUCUCUGGCUUCUAAAGUUCUCAUUCAUGGAAUCUGGUCUGUGGCAAUGUGCUGUAAAGGAUUUGCUUAUUUCUUACCUAUGGUUAUAUUACCAAAACAUCUGACAGACCUUGGUUAUAAAGAAGAUGACGCAGUUCACGUGAUAGCAGUAUUUGGAAUCAUGGCUAUGACUGGACAGACAGUUGCCUCUCUGGUUGGGGACUCUGUGAAGGGAAAUAUUAUGGUGGCGAAUACUGUGGCAGCUGCGAUGCUCACCGUGAAUAAUAGUAUCGUAGCAUAUUCAACUUCUUUGACUGCUGCAUAUAUAUAUAGCGCUGUCUCGGGUUUUUUUCUUGGCCCAUACAUUGCCGGGUUCUAUGCCGUCAACAACGAAAUCAUGGACGGAGACAAUGUCUAUACGUUAUUCCUGACAAUGCGUUUCAGCAAAGGUGUCGGAGGAACUGUAGGGCCAUAUAUAGCAGGAUAUAUCCGUGACGUCACAGGAAGCUACUACGCAGCGUUUCUGUCCAUUGCGUCAUGCUUUGGCGUGUUCGUUUUUGCAAUGUCUUUGCUCAUAUUCACCAAGAAAUGGAGGGAGUUGAAAAGUCUUGAAGGGAUGAAGAACAGUAAUUUUUUCGAUUGAAUAUUUGGAGGUUAACUUUACAUUUCGUCCGACAUUAAUUACAUGUUAUUUCCAAAUAAAAUUAGGGUUCAGACAGAUUGGUUCUGGAACUCUUAAAAGUAGCAAUAGAAGCGAAUGUACUUGUAUCUUUUCUCCAAGGAGAUUAUUCUUCCUAGUCCCGUCAGGACUGUGAUCUAUUUGUUUUAAUUACCAUUGCGUUUUGGUAUGUUUUUAGAUGCAGGUUAUAUUGUAUUUGUGUAUUUCUUAGCACCUUC